AUGGCGCUAAACAGGAAAUAUGCGAAUCUGCCAGAUUUGGACCUCUCGGCUCCUGAUAUUUACGAAACGCCCGAAUUGACAGACGACAACUCGACGGUCCCUGCUACCACGGCGCGUACCCAAUCGGACGAUGAAUUUUAUGACGUCGAAGACGACACAGAGGGCAUAUCUCGCUCUAGACUACGCAUUGGGGACGCACGUUCGCGAUUCGAGCCCGCAGCUGUCGACACGGCCGGUGUAGAUUUUUCCGAUCGCGUCGAUGGCAAGCGCAAGUCAUACAAGGCCUCCAGUCGUCGCCAGCGUAUCCUGCAGGACGGUACCACCGAGCUCGGCGACCUGUCCGAUGACGACGACGAAGAAAGCCUGGAGCGACGCAUUGCGCGCUUGACACGCGAGGUACAAGAAGCAAAAGACGAGCAUGCAAAGCUUAAGGCAUCGCCUGAUGCAGAAGAGGAUUCGCGACUACAGUCUCUCAGUGACAUGCUCGCCAGCAUGUCAAUGCCUAGUGGAGUUAUCCGCGAGGCAGCUACAGCCAAAACGACACCUGCCGACAAGGAUGCUGCGGAAGAAGAAGUUGGAAAUUCUACAUAUACCAUCACAUACGCACCGACAUACGAACAAACUCACGCUCUCGCGAAAGCUGCCGACUUUGACCGCCGGUUGCUGGCCCUCGAGAAGGGUUUGGGCAUCAGCUCCUCUCUGUCCGCCGAGGCGGGCGAGGGUGGCCUGCCGCGCGCCAUUCUCCCCACACUCGAUAACAUGGACAAGCAGAUUGCGACACUUGCACAGGCUUCCACAGCAAACCUGGAUGCCAUCAGCCGCCGCGUACGUACGCUAGCCUCGGACCAGGACAAGCUCAACGACACCCGAGAGAAAGCCAAGGCACUACGAGAGGAGCUCGGAAAGAGUAGUGGCUCCUCGCCGCAAGUACAACCGGGAGAAGACGCCGAGCAGGAGACUAAGAUAAAUGCGCUGUACGGCGUGCUGCCGACGAUUGAGAGCUUGGCGCCGAUGCUGCCGCCGCUGCUAGAUCGCCUGCGCUCACUGCGUGCUAUCCACGCCGAUGCGGCCACAGCCAGCCAGACGCUGGAGCAGAUUGAGCAGAGACAGGCCGACAUGACGGCAGAGCUAAAGCAGUGGCGCGAGGGCCUACAAAAGCUCGAGGAGACCAUGACGGAGGGCGACGCUACGGUCAAAGGCAACAUGACAGUCAUGCAGGGCUGGAUCAAGGACCUGGAGGCGCGCAUGGCCAAGCUGGCCUGA